AUGUAUAACUACCAAACGACAAGCUCCAUGGCAUCUUUGAUCUGGGCAUCUAAAUUAAAGACGCUGGGAGAUAUUCCCGUUUUUGAUAGCAAGACAAAUGGUAUAAGCUGGUUGUGUGGUACACAGAGCCCUUGUGCUGAUAUUGGCCCAACCUUUCCCGGGAAUGCCGAGUAUUAUUUCAAGCUGGAAUUUUCAAACAGGAUCGUAGAUGCUGAUUCAUCAAACUGUGACUAUACUAUUCGAUUCCUGAUCCGAGUUCACGGCUUACCCCCGGGCUCACUCAACCCAUCAUCCCUUAUUGUGCUGUCCUGUAUUGCAAUCCUGGCCGUUCUCAUUUUAACCUUCUUUCUGCUGAAAAGACAGGACUCCAAGGUCUGGAAGCAUAUAAAGAGUGGGUUGUCUGUGGUACGUCACGUGCCCGGCCUCUGUAGGGCCGGGAUCUGUGGCAAAGUCAUUAGCAUGCGCAGGAACAAGAUAGACCAUUUGGAAGAUCAAGAUCAAGUUCAACUUCAAGUCAUUAAUCGAGAUUCUGAAUACACCAUUGAAGCUCCCAUCGAAGUCAGUGGAAACAGACCUCAACAACUUCACACUACGAACGUUUAA